UACAUGUAAUGCUUUAAAACCACAACAAUGCAUCUGCCACUGACUGGCAUCUCUGGCAUAUUGCAGAAAAUUCAAACAUUGUAGAAUGCCAAUGAAUUCUGGGAAAUAUGCAAAUGAUCUGACACAUCUGGAGGCAUGUGUUGACAGGAUGAUGUAUAAUCUUGCCAAAUUAUGUCAUUUUUAAUACAGCUGGUAAUUUUAGAAUUUUAGAAUUCUCUAAACUAUCUUUUAAUAUGUUUUCCAAGUUGUUUAUUGAAAUAAGAAAUCACUAGUAAACACUUUUCUAAUCUUGGGCAUUUAUUCUCACAUGUUAAGAACUGUUUAUUUAAACUAUACUUUGUGCUUUUGUAUUUUUCUCAAUUUUUUGACACUGUUUUUAAAAAUAGGACUCUGAUUUCCACUCUAUAAGUUUAAAUAGGAAUAAGAUAUUGUAAUGGAACUAGGUAUGUCGGUAGCUUAAUAGGAAAGGAAGUGUGAGGAAUUGAUUUUGUUGCCACUCAGGUCAGGUGACUGGUAGGUCAAGGCCAUGUUACUACAAAAUUUAAUGUUAAAAUUAACCUGGUUAUAGUUGAAUGUCCACUUCUUUUGUUAAAAAAACUUGUUGCAUUGUUACAGAUUCAUGUCAGUUUCUGAUAGCAGUGACAAAAACUAUGAUGAUAGCAGUGACAAAAACUAUGGUGAUAGCAGUGACAAAAACUAUGAUGAUAGCAGUGACAAAAACUAUGAUACUAGCAGUGACAAAAACUAUGAUGAUACUAGCAGUGACAAAAACUAUGAUGAUACUAGCAGCGACAAAAACUAUGAUGAUAGCAGUGACAAAAACUAUGAUACUAACAGUGACAAAAACUAUGAUGAUACUAGCAGUGACAAAAACUAUGACAAAAACUAUGAUACUAGCAGUGACAAAAACUACGAUGAUUCUAGCAGCGACAAAAACUAUGAUAAUACUAGCAGCGACAAAAACUAUGACGAUAGCAGUGACAAAAACUAUGAUGAUACUAGCAGUGACACAAACUAUGAUGAUGAUAGCAGCGACAAAAACUAUGAUGAUAGCAGCGACAAAAACUAUGAUGAUACUAGCAGUGACAAAAACUAUGAUGAUAGCAGUGUCAAAAACUAUGAUGAUACUAGCAGUGACAAAAACUAUGAUGAUAGCAGUGACAAAAACUAUGAUGAUACUAGCAGCAACAAAAACUAUGAUGAUAGCAGUAACAAAAACUAUGAUAAUAGCAGUGACAAAAACUAUGAUGAUAGCAGUGACAAAAACUAUGAUGAUAGCAGUAACAAAAACUAUGAUUAAUAGCAGUGACAAAAACUAUGAUGAUAGCAGUGACAAAAACUAUGAUGAUAGCAGU